AUGGCUGGCAGCCCUAAUGAAGAUACGGAAGGAAGCAGAAUCAAAUAUGUAAAAGGAGACCUUUUUGCAUGCCCCAAAACAGACUCUCUAGCCCACUGCAUAAGUGAGGAUUGCCGAAUGGGUGCUGGGAUAGCAGUCCUUUUCAAGAAGAAGUUUGGAGGGGUGCAAGAGCUGAUAAGUCAACAAAAGAAAUCUGGAGAAGUGGCUGUUCUGAAGAGAGAUGGGCGGUAUAUAUAUUACUUGAUUACAAAGAAAAGGGCUUCACAUAAACCAACAUAUGAAAACUUACAGAAGAGUUUGGAGGCUAUGAAAUCACAUUGUCUAGAAGCCGGAGUCACCAGCCUCUCCAUGCCAAGGAUUGGCUGUGGCCUUGAUCGUCUGCAGUGGGAGAAUGUAUCCUCAAUGAUCGAGGAGGUAUUUGAGGGGACAGACAUCAAAAUUACUGUGUACACACUCUGA